AUAUGGACACCCGUUCCGAUGCCGUGAAGUAUGCAUGCACUGACAUCCUCAAGACCGCGUUGAAGAAUAGGCGCCACCAUCUCAAGAAGAAGCAUUUUGACAAUGUACCGGCCAAUCUCGUGAGUGUCAAAUCUCCUGAUAAGAAUGUGACAGAUGCGGAGUGGCAAAGGCUGGUCAAGAUGUGGUCUACCCCAAGGCACAAGGAAACCUGUCAGUCAAACAAGGAGAACCGUUCCAAAGUUAAGUUCCAUCAGAAAACUGGUUCUCGCCCCUACAUUUCCCAUGUGCAUGCUUUGAAAGAGGCUCGUAAGGGUGAAGAGUUGACUGUGUUUGAUCUAUUCAAGGAGUGCCACAAUGGCAAGAAGACUGGUUUCUCUGAGCCAGUUAAGAAGGCGAUAGCUGACAUGGAAAAAGCUAUGGAACAAGGGGUACCAGAAGGUGGAGAACCAAAGAAUGUUGCUAUUGUUGUUGCUGACAUUCUCACUAAAGAAUGUCCCUCCAGCACAUUCCUUCAAAGUGUUGGCCUUGAGUCGAGCUCCAAGAAGAAGUUCAACAGAUCUGCAGCUGCUUUGGAUGCUCAUGUACAAGAACUAGAGUACAAGCUUGAGAAGGAGAGGCGAGUCGCUGAGUUGAUGCGAGAGGAGCUUGUUGAGGUCAAGAAGAAAUCAGAGGAGACCGAAGCUGCACGCGCCGCAGAGUACCAGUUGUUACUACAAAGAGUUGAGGCCACCGAUGCUAGAUUUGCGCGUCUCAUGGAUCUGUUCGAAGGUAAAAUAGUUUAGUACGGCGUGGUUGAU